CAACACACUCUUUCUCAGCCUCACACUUUCCUUCUUCUUCUUCUUCUUCUUCUUCUUCUUCUUCUUCUUCUUUCCAUUCUUCUACUAGUCUUUUUGGUCUCCAAACCAUCUUCUCAUGCUACCCAGCUUCAACCCUUAAAGACCAGCUGACCCUUAUACCAAGACAACACUUUUGAUGAUGGCCGGACCUACAGCCGCCGCCUCCGCCGUCGCUGUGACUUCCGCUGGUGCUGGGGGUGAAGUUGCCAAGAAUCUUGAUGAGGUGUUGGCGAUUCCUAUCUUGCUGGCUGAGCGGGUUCGCAAGGCCGUUGCUGAGGCGGAGUCGUUCAAGUCCGAAUGCGUCGAACUUGGGCGCCACGCUGAUAUCUUGGCCGACAUGCUCCGCACGCUCCGCCAAGUCGUUCGGCGCACGGCCUCGGUUUACGAGCGCCCCGUGCGACGAAUCGUUGGGGAGGUUGAGAAAGCGCUGGAACGAUCCCUCGCACUCGCGCGGCGUUGUCGGCAUGCUGGUGUGUUCCGCCGUGUGGUCACGAUGACCACUGGCUCUACCAUUUUCCGUAAAGCUCUGACCUUGCUUGAAGCUUCUGCUGGGGACCUCCGCUGGAUUCUCUCUGUUUAUUCGGUUGAUGAUCUUGACGAGGGUGUUAGCAUGCCGCCGAUCGCCAGCACUGAACCGAUCCUUUCCUUCGUCUGGAACCGCAUCGCGGUUGUGCACAUCAGUCGCAGUGGCGUCGCGCUUGCGGAUUCCGCGAUGAUCCUCGCUAACCUCGCGCUAGACAACGAUAGGUACAAAAAGAUCAUCAUCGAGGAAGAAGGUGCUCGUCCGCUUGUCUCGCUUCUCAAGGACGGCCCCUCUGUUGAGUCCCAGAUCGCCGCCGCUACCGCUCUCGCUAACCUUGCUUUCGAUGGCGAGAGCGUGGCCGUGCUCCUCAGGAACCUCGUGGUUCCUGCGAUUGUUCAGGUGCUAUUUGAUUCCCCGACGAGACUCCAAACCCUAGCUGCUCAACUGAUUUCCAAGAUGGCUUAUCACAGUCCUGAGGCUCAAGAAGAGUUCGCUAGAGAGAACGCCAUUCGACCCCUCGUCUCCCUUCUCUCCUUCGAAGUCCCCCUCGAUGAACCCAAGCCCGCCGCCAAGAAACCCACCAGCAUCCACUCCGUCGUCCAGAUCAACCGCGAUCUUGGUAAGGGUCUUAAUCCCUGGUUCUUUCCAUUCCGACAGCGGAAGCAGCAGGGUGGUUCUAUCCGAGACAACCAUCACAAUCGCAUGAAAGAACGGGAGAACGAGCCUCCGGAGGUGAUGCUUAAGCUCAAGGUCGCUUGCUCGGACGCUCUCUGCAAACUCUCCCGCAUGUGCAUCUCCAAUAGCCGCAAGAUUACCGAAACCAAAGGCCUACUCUGUCUCUCCAAGAUCAUUGAGAGAGAGAAGGGGGAGCUGCAACUCAAUUGCUUAAUGACAGUGAUGGAGAUCACUGCCGCAGCAGAGUUAGACGCUGACCUCCGCCGUUCUGCUUUCAAGACGAAUUCCCCUGCUGCCAAGUCUGUGGUUGAUCAGCUUCUAAGUGUGGUGUUGCAGGGGAACAUCCCAGCUCUGCAAAUUACGGCAAUGAAAGCUAUCGGCUCAUUGGCUCGCACAUUCCCCGCCCGGGAGACGAGAAUUUUGAGUCCUCUAGUCAACCAGCUCAGCCAUUGGAAUCCUGAUGUUGCAGCAGAAGCUGCCAGAGCACUGGGGAAAGUUUGUCCAAGUGAGAACUUCCUCUGCGUUGAGCACUCCAAGGCCAUUAUUGAGUUCGGGGCAGUGACUCCUUUAAUGAGACUGUUGAAAUUGGGGGAGAAAACACAGUUGCCCGCAUUGAUACUACUCUGUCUUCUUAUUAUAAAUGUGCCAAACAAUGAAGAUAUUGAGCGUUCAAAGGCAUUGACUGCUCUUGAUGUGUUGACUCGGUCCCCUGUUGCUCAAGAUAACUCUGUCAAGGACUUGCUCGACAGGGCCAUGGAAAGUCUUGAGUUUUAUCAUGUUACCCAUGCUCAUCGGCACACAUAGGAUAUCAUUUGCUAAAUAACACUGGUUGGAAAUGCUGGACAAUGAUGGUGUUUGCUUGGGAGAACAGUUGCUUCAAAAAGCUCUAGCUCUGAUAUUAGUUAGAUAGAGGUGAUUUCAGGUUUCAAGGAGGAUAAGAAAUUUUAUCUUGUUUGAUCUUCUCAAUUGCUUUGUCUCCUGGAAAAUCAUAAAAAUUCUUGGCUUGGCACGCACUUCUUCAAGCUUAGAAGUUAGAAGGAAGCUUAUUAUGGAUCAAGUUGUUGAGGACGUUUCAGGUUGUACAUAAAUUAGAGAGCAUUCUUUGACUUGAAAAUGAGCAAACACGGUAUUGAUUCUGUGGUAUUCUUGUGUUAUUUUUUUACUUGGCCUCUUCCCUCAGGUACUAUUGGUUACUAACAUUGUUAUUAUGUCAUCUUUGGUGCACCAUUCAAAUUUAUCCCCUUUUAGCA